AUGAAUUUGGGCAAUGAUAUUCGUUUGAUUUGGUUGAAAAAUUGUUUUAAUAAUUUCAAAAGUUGUUUCUACUUAUCAAGUGAAGCAAAUUAUCUACAAUAUAGAAAAUUUGAGAUUAAAUGUGGCAAAGGUUUAGUUGUAGCGGUUACUUUCUCCACUAGCUCUAGGAGUGGAUUUAUUUGA